AUGGAUUUCCCAAAAAUUGUCGAUAUCAAAACUUACAUUGUUAAAGAAAAAGGUAGUGGUGGUGAUUAUCAUGAUGUUGCUUCAGGACAUUGGUUAAUUGAUUCCAAGAUUUCUACUCCAAUGACAAAGUUCCCCGAUUAUAGAAAGAAUAGAACCAGUUGGGGUAUCAAUGUCUUAGGAUCUUUCUGUGUUGAAAUCAUUGCUAGUGACGGAUCAAAAGGGUUCGCUACUGGAUUUGGUGGUGUACCAGGAUGUUGGUUAGUUAAAAAUCAUUUCUGGAGAUUCAUGGAAGGUGAAGAUCCAAGAAAUUUGAACGUUAUGUGGGAUAAAAUGUUCAGAGCUUCAAUGUACUAUGGUAGAAAAGGGUUACCAAUUGCUGUUAUUUCAGUCAUUGAUUUAGCUUUAUGGGAUUUAUUAGGUAAAAUCAGAAAUGAACCAGUUUAUAAGAUGAUUGGUGGAUCAACCAGAGAUAAAUUAGAUUUCUAUUGUACCGGAUGUGCACCCGAAGCUGCUAAAAGAAUGGGAUUCUGGGGUGGUAAAGUCGCUUUACCUUAUGGACCAGAUGAAGGUUUUGAAGGGUUAAGAAAGAAUGUUGAAUUCUUAACUAAUCAUAGAGAAAAAGUUGGUCCUGAUUUCCCAUUAAUGGUCGAUUGUUAUAUGUCUCUUAAUGUCCAAUAUGCCAUUCAAUUGGCUGAUGCUACUCAACAUUUACAUAUCAACUGGUUUGAAGAAACCUUACAUCCUGAUGAUGUUGAAGGUUACGAAAUUUUGAAGAAAGCUCAUCCAAGAGUCAAAUGGACUACUGGUGAACAUGAAUAUACCAGAUAUGGAUUCAGAAAAUUGAUUGAAUCAAGAAAUCUUGAUAUUGUUCAACCAGAUAUUAUGUGGGUUGGUGGAUUAACUGAAAUCUUAAGAAUUGCCCAUCAUGCUGCUGCUUAUGAUGUGCCUGUGGUUCCUCAUGCUAGUGGUCCUUAUUCAUACCAUUUUGUUGUUUCUCAACCAAACACUCCAUUCCAUGAAUAUUUAGCCAAUUCUCCAGAUUCUCAAUCGGUUUUACCUGUCUUUGGUAACUUAUUCACCAACGAACCUGUUCCAACUAAAGGUUACUUGGAUGUUAGCAUCUUAGAUAAACCAGGUUUUGGUUUAGAUAUCAAUCCAAAGAUUGAAUUGAUUGAAGGUGAUCAAUUAUUCAAUCCGAAUCCUACCAGAACUUUAUAUUCUGAACAAGAGUAUGAAUUGAAGGAGAAGACUACUAACGGUCAUUAA